AUGUCCUCAUUCACCGAAAACGUACUAUCUUCUGACCACAAAUAUGUGCCAGCUGUUGAUUCCAUAACCCAUGAAUCAUCCUUCUCUUCUGUGCCCUACGACACCUUCGGUGGGAACCUCGGCAAUUCAUUCAUUAGUUGGAAAAAGUCGGAUUUCCAAUCUCGGAGCCGGCUCUCUGUCGGCGAUCAGGUAUCAGGCUCGCAGUUCGUGGGUUUGCAUCCUGAGGUACUGGAUUUUAGUAAUGCGGGUUCUGCCUCUGACUUUUACGUCCAACCAAGGCUGCCGAUAAACAACUGCGAUCUAGAAAAUUCAGCGGAGGUUAAUUUACCGAAAGAAUGUCAAGGUUCGUCUUGGUGCCCUGCAUCAUGGGGGGAACAAAACCUUGGGUCAACAGAAAACAAAACAGGUUUGGACUGGGAUAAAUCGUUACAGGACCUACCAUCGGGUGUGGAUUCACUUUUUCCACACUCGGAAUUCGAAUACACUUGGCGUUGCCGGACGGAAAGCAGUCGUGAUGAUUUGUCGCCCCACGGACGGGAUCCGGGUUCUAGUCGGUCGGAUCAGGGCAUUGUCGGGGGUUCCACUUCCCAUGCCCAGCAAGAUCACCAGAUCCCUCAGAAGCGAAGAGGGCGCAAAUUUUCCGCUACUGAUUCUUCGCCAGUGGAUGUUCCCGUAGAAGCCAAAGCCAGGGAUGAAAGCAGCGGUAUAAACCUGGCCCCUGGACACGGUCUUAGUGCUGAUGAUUUUGAUGCGACCACGCGUCUCGCCAACGAAGUUGCGCAAAUGGGUUUUGUGGCGAACUCUUCAUUACAAUCCCUUCCCACUUCCGAUGCCGCAGUACUCAAUCAGGUUAGUUCAGUUCUACAAAUGGGUUUAUCUGCAACCGAGAAAUCGCGGUCGCUGGUGCAGCAGACACAGCCUCAUAUCUGGCCCUCUUCAUCAAUGCCUCAAGAAGACCCUUCUUACCGUGUCGUAGAUCCUUUUAUUUUCAACCAGAAAAACAAUCUUUACCACAGCCAUCCUGCCACAUCUGACCAGUUCACCCAGCAUGACACCUUCAUGGCUUUCAGAAGUAAAACUGCUGGAUUUUCAAAAGCUCAGGAGGGUCGCCGCACCAAUGUUUUUUUGAAUUUGCAGGGGUCCUUUGGAUAUGAGAAUGACGUUCUUGAUCCUGGACAACAACUUGCAUCCGAUGGGUGUACCGGUGGGGGUGGCCUAAAUGAUGAUCAGCUGUGGUACUACGAGGACCCCCAAGGGCGAAUUCAAGGUGAAUUUAGCAGUACGCAAAUGUUCAGUUGGCUCCUUGCUGGUCGAUAUUUCACCUCCUCUUUGCGGAUACGGCGAAAGUGCGAUGAUACUUUCUCCACUCUGCGUAAGUUUUCAACCUUCGACAGUCAAAUCUUCCGGUUUCUAGAUGACUAUGUACAAUUGUUUGGCCACGUUCCUUUUACCGGUGCUACUCGGAUACCACCGAUUCGCGGGGGCAUCACCCCUCAGGUACUUCUCUUGGUUCGGAUGCAGGGUCAGCAGGCCACGGCUGGCCUCCCUUUCAUUUGUGUAGAUCAACAGCAACAGCAGCAUAAACAAUCUCGACCCUUUGCUGGCGAUGGGAAUUGCGUAAGUAUCUGCCUCUUGCAAGCAGAUUCGCAUACUGAUGCAAAAAUGACUGUCAUGGAUGUCCCAGGCGCCUUCGGCAAGAACGGUUUGGUUUGCUCAAAUGCAGCAGCAGUUAGUCAAGCAUUACUACUCAAGCAGUUUACUGAAGCCAUUACGUCGAAUCCUGGUGCCGCUGCAAUGAAUUUCACAAGUCCCCUAUUCUCUCUCCUGUCCGAAUGGAUCGCAAAAACCCGGCUUGAUCCCUCUUUAACUCAGGGGAUGAAUAAUUCAGAUUUUGGUAGUCCUGGGAUGUGUGGGCCUUGGCCACCUCAGCAACAGCCGCAGCAGAUUCCUGCUCAACAUCCGAUGGGCGAUGUGUUUUCCGUGCCUGAUCAAGCAGGCGGCGAUCUCCUUUGUGGGGUUCCCCAAGUGCCCGAGGCGACGCAUCUUGUCAUGACUUCAGCCGCCAGUGUCCCUUGCGACGGCUCUCGUUCACCCAAAGCGGACCGACAUAAUCAGACUGGUGGAAAAAAUACCGAGGAAGCAUUGAAACACGAGACUGUUUCCCAGACUAAAUCAAAGGACUCUUCGAACAUUGCUAUGAGUAAUAAUUCACCUCGACAACAUCUCCCGCUCAGUAGCAAACCUGACCCUGAAAGUAGUGCCGGCCGGCAACCACCGCGCGCGGUUUCUCAGUCAGGAUGUUCCAGUUGUUCGGCCUCCUCGGCAGGUGGUGGAGGUGGAACUUGGUCUACUGAGUCCCUCCAAUUUAGUUCUAGUUCUACUGGAGGGAGGCGAUUGACAUCUACCCCCGAACAGCCACAACCGGCUGCACCAGUAAGACCGGUGAAAAAUUGUUGGGCGGAGAAAUCAGCGACGGUUGUGGCGGGGGCCAGAGCUGGGAGCAAGGCAUCCUCAACUAACAAGACCGGUAAACAAUCUUCAUCAUCCCCUUCCACAAUCUCGUCUUCGAAUGGCGGUAGUGGUGGAAAAUCGGCAGCAAACGGUUCAUCAACGGCGCCUUCACCAAUCGAAUUAACUACGCAGUCGUCAGAUGAGUUUGCUGUUUUGAGUUAUUUCUUUUUCCAGGGUCCGUUGGAUACUGAAAGCGGAAAAAAGAAAACUAAGUCCUGUAAACAACAACAAUCAUCAGCUCAAAAUGGCGUUAAAAAAUCUGGCACCACUGCCACAACAUCCUCGAAGAAGACCAAAAGCGGAGCCAGUGACAAUUCAGCCCUGACAGAGGAACUCACUUCCCUCAUCCGAUGGGUCCGGUCUGCUUUGGUCGGGAUUGAGCCAAAGGAAAAGUUUGAUAUACCAACCUUUGUAGAGCUCCUUACAACCAUCGAUGCGCCCUACGAGGUAGCCUCAUGUCCACUUCAAUCGACAGUUCCCUCGUUGAAGUGGCACUGCGUCCACGGCACAAACGACCGACGACUUUUGACUACACGUGUGAUUUGGUGUGAAAAUUCUCAUGGUGUUACCCCUCUCUUCUUCGUGCAGGUUGAAAGCAUGAUAAUUGCCUACCUCGGGAAUUCAAGUGGUUCGGAGCAGUUUGUGCGGGAGUUUCUUGAUCGCAGACACACCUGCUGGCAGUUGCACCGAAAACAAGUGGAGGAAAUGCACAACAGUUCCAGAUCUAAGAAGAACCAUAACAGCCAUCAAUCAGCGUCAGCACCUUCGAGCAGUGAGGGUGGCGUCUGCCUGACAAAGGCUUAUUCGGAACCCAGUGACACCCAGGCGGACAGCGCGCUCUGCACGCACCUCAUACGCGCAGGCAACGAGGGAUGGAGAGUGCGGAAUUUUGAAAAGACGUGUCUUCACCUCGAUUUUUCCGAUCGACACGUGUACAAAAUGCCCAGUUCGGCCUUCUCAUCCUGCCAAUCGUCUCCUUGCUAG